GGCAGAUUGAAGGAGAUGAAUAAAAGCAGUAUUGACGACUACGAUGAAAAUGAGGAUGAGGCGGUGAAUAAUUUUAAAAUUCACGAAGGAAUCAUUUUGGCCGUGCACUUGACCAACUCUCUGACGGAGAAGAUGACUGCGAUUUUCAGUACGUUUUUGAAUCUCCUAAUCACAUUGACGAAGACUAUGCCAAAUACUGGGUUAGGUCUUUACAUUUUUAACUGUGCAAAAAAAAGUGAGGCAUCGAAAGACGGAAAUGUCGAUACCCCUGAAGGUGUAUUCCGUGUUUUUCGGCUCCAAGAUUUAAACCAAGGCAUGUUGAAGACCUUAGACAGAUACCUAAAGAAUGCUAUACCCACGGAGACAGUGGUCAAUUUGUCCUUUAACAAUACCGAAAAGUGGAAUAGCUUGCUACCAAUCAAGGAUGUUGAUGUGAAUGCCAGUUUUGGCCCAUCAUUAUAUGGCAUGCUACAACAAACCUUGCUUGAUUUUACCAAUAUACCGAUAAGAACAGAAGAAUACACAAGUAAAAAGGUUUUUUUUUUCACCGACUGUCAAACACCGUUUAAUGGCAAGGAGAGUAUCAAACAAAAAAUACACAAUAAGCUACGAGAUUUAAAUGACUUCAAAAUCACGAUUUAUCCAUUUAUACUGAAAAACGAGGAGUCAGAAGAUGCCAAAAUGGCCUCACAUCAAAUUGACGAAUUCAAACAGCUUUUUGACUUUCCAAUGGAUACCGACUUAGAGGCAAAGAAAUACUUACCGGCUAUCAGUGAGAUAUCUUUGGAAACUUUGGAAGAAAAAAUCGUAAAGCAUGCAACAGUGAGAAGAACAGCCUUCCAAUGUCCUCUUAUUUUUGGUGAUGUUAAAAUUAUUGUAAGGGGAAUUAAUCCUUUUACUACUACCGAAUGGAAAAAGGUAAAGUUUUACAAUAUUGAAAACCGAUUGAAAUACGUCAAGAAGAGAAAUAUACCUAACUCUGGUGACAAUGAAGCAGACACAGCGGACAUCAAGAAGGUGUAUCAAGUUGCAGAUCAAUAUAUGGGGAUGGAGGAAAAAAUUCAAACUGAGUGUAUGAAGUUCGGAGAAUCCGAAAAACCUAUUUUGCAUGUCGUUGGGACUAGGAAAUUUAAAUAUUUCAACUCCUCUUCCAUUAUCAGCAAAGCUGUGUUUGUAAUUGCGGGAGACGAUGAAGAGCUGGAAAGCUCCAAUUCACUGGAUAACUUUGCUGCGCUCUACAGGUCACUUUGUAAAAAGAAAAUGAUGAUUUUAUGUUGGGGUAUGCCAAGGAAAACUUCGUAUCCCAGAUUCUUCUAUCUUAUACCUACCGGCAUUACUGAAAAUUUUGGACUAAAGUUUGAAAAAUAUCCUCACGCAUUAGCGAUGGUAGAAGUUCCGUUUGGAAACGAAGUCAGAAAAGCCCCUGAAUACAUCAACAAGCUGGAUUCGCUCUCUGAAUUGGAUGAUACACAUAUUCUGGAUAAGUUAAUUGAAAAGUUGACGCUAGAUGGGUUUGAAGCUUUCUCCAAUCCUUCACUUUCUUGGAAAUUCAAGGUCAUGGAAGACCACAUAUUGCAGCGGGAAGUGCCUCGCUCAGAAACUAGAGCGGAAAGCAAUGAAGAAGAAGAAGAGGAGUCUUCUAAUUUUGGGGAGCAGCAACUCGAGCUUGACGAGAUGUACCAGCAAAUGCUUUUGCUCCGCCGCAAAAUAAACAAAGAUGAAUCACUUCAAAGUUUAGUGAAGGAACUGCAAAGCCGGUACAAUCGUGUAUCUAACUACAACGAGCUAAAAAGGACUUCAGAUGAUGUGAAGAGUGAAAAGUUAUCUGCCAAGAAGUCCAGAGGGUUGAAAUUUUCUGAUCCAUUGACUGAUGCUAAGGCUAUCAUAUUUUACCGUGAGUGUGGUCUCCAGAACUGCACUAACGAUGUCUUGCGUAAUUACAUCAAAAGUAAGGGAGGCCUUAUCAAGAUAGGAAAGACAAAAGGAGACAUGAUCGAUAAUGUGGUCGCUUUCUUGAAAAGCAACCAGCUUUUGUAAUAUAUAUAGCACGUACGUUAAAGACUGCGAUCACCUUCUGAUCAACUACUUUUUAAGAUACUCUUUUC